AUCUUCAUUUAUGUUCACCCAGACUGAAGAGGUUUCAUAUAUACACUAGCAUAGGUACACUUCUGAUCGCAAACAUUUUUGACAACGUCAUGCAGAAUGUUUGUCAAAAGCCAUAGUGAAAUAGCAAGACGCACAUGCUAGCUUAAAAAUAGUUUAGCGUUGAUCCUAAAUUGAAUUCGACCGGAGUUAGACAAAUUAAUAUACUACGACAGUCAAUAGCACGACAUCCCACGUUGUGGACAUACAUCUAUUCUAAUUACGUUAAUACACGGAAAUACUAAACGUAAGUACGAGAUAUAAGACAAUUAUAUAAAAAAAAUAUCGCUAAAGAUGUAUUCCAAGCUAAUAUUAAUGCAAUUUAUGCAGGAAAUUUCUAACCCUACAGUAAUCAAUAAAGUGAGGUUAAAAAAUCGGAAACAAAUUCGUUGUAUAUGCAACAAAUUAGAAAUUUCGUUUACGCGAUCGGGAAGUGCUGUCAAUCUCAAUAUGAGGAAGGGGUCAAGUAAACGUUCAAAUGUGCGGUUCGAGCAAACCGAUGAUCCAGAGAAUGGUAUCGGGCAAGACGUUGCGGGGUUGUUCACAAAUUGCAAAAUCUGUGACUCCGGGGAAAACAGUCGAAUGGUAUGUUGCGAUGUCUGUGGAGAGUGGUAUCACUUUGAGUGUGUGGGCGUGGAUGAAAGCAUAGCUAACGUGGAUUGGAGCUGCAGCAAGUGCAUAGCGGAUCCGGGCGUAGCGAGCGCUAUCCCGUCAACGGCACCAGGGACCAGAACCACGGCAACGAUUACAACAUCAAGUCAGUCUGCAGAUUACCAGGUGUUGCAGAGACAGAUGGAGAGCAUGCAGCAGAUGAUGGCAGAACAGCAGAAAAACUUCGAGCGCCUACUAAAGGCGAAAGAGGAGGACCAAAGAAGGGCACUGGAAAGACAAAGGAUUUAUUUCGAAACUCUAUCGAAGCGUACCGAACAGCAAAAUACGGCCGAUGAUCAGACUCCUAACUCCAGAAACCAACCGAGUCCCAUGUUCCAGCGUUCGUCGGGACUGAGGGCACCAAGCAUUCAAAUCCAACCGAGUGCAAACUCAACAACAAUUGCCGGGACGAGUCGAGUUACAGGACCUCGUCGAACUACGUCGGGGCACGGAGCAGCGGGAAUCGAACGGCAGUUGGCACUGUUAGCCAAAAAGCAGGCGCUUGAGAUGAAGCAUCUAGAAGAACGCUUGCGGCUUAUGCAAUUCAACGAUGAUGCAGGCGAUGAUCCAGAUCAGGUCGGUGAAGAUACAGGUCUAGAUCCAGAAGCUCAGGAAUUCACACCAACAGCAGACCUUUUCCAGUUAUCACAACCACACGCUGAGUUGAGUCGGAGUCAGCUUGCCGCACGCCAAGCUGUGGCAAAGGAGCUACCGUUAUUCUCGGGCGCACCGGAGGAGUGGCCGCUCUUCAUAGCAACCUACGAGAAUACAACCAGAAUGUGCGGAUACAGCGAUGAAGAAAAUCUGCUUCGUUUGCAACGCAGUCUUAAAGGUAAAGCUCUAGAAGCUGUUCGCAGUCGUUUGCUGUACCCAGCUGGAUUACCAGGCGUGCUUCAAACAUUGCGAACCUUGUUCGGACGACCGGAGGUGAUAAUCCAUUCUCUGGUAUACAAGAUUCGCAACAUGCCUUCGCCAAAAACAGAAAAGCUGUCGACGCUCAUUGACUUCGGUGUUGCCGUUCAAAAUAUGUGUGCUACGAUCAAAGCUUGUGGACUCGAUGAACAGCUAUACAACGUAGCUCUACUCCAAGAACUAGUUGAUAGACUGCCAUCAACUAUAAAACUCAACUGGGCGUUACACCGACAGACGCUUCAAUCGGCUACGCUGUCAAAUUUUGCAGAUUGGUUAGAGAUGUUAGUGGAAGCAGCAUGCGCGGUUACCAUCCCUACCAGUUCGUCUUUUAAUCCAGCAAGAUCGGAGAAGCGCAGUCGGCGAGAAGAUCUGAACAUUCACGUCGAAUGCGAUCCUGAGGAGAACGCUACGUCAAAGCCGUUGAUGAAACAGGCUACCAAAGGGUGUCCCAUCUGUCACGGAAGCUGUAGCAGUGUUGCCACCUGUAAGAAAUUUCAACUUCUCGAAAUCAGCGCUCGUUGGGAGAGUCUAAAGCAACAUAAACUAUGUCGAAAGUGCCUGAAGAAGCACUUUGGAGCAUGCGAAGUGAAGAAUCCUUGUGGUAAGAACGGCUGCUCAUACAUGCAUCAUGCAAUGCUGCACGAUGACACACGUUACCAAACAAAGAUGAUUUCACAAAAAACUCGAGGAAGCGAUAAUCCCGACAAUAAUUCAUCUCAGAGCUGCAACACUCAUGUUAACCAGGACGGGAAAAUUCUGUUUCGCUAUGUACCAGUUAUCUUACACGGUCGUGGUGUCACGGUCAAGACGUACGCGUUUAUGGAUGACGGUUCUUCAGCGACCUUCAUGGAACACAGUUUGCUUGAAGAACUGAAGCUGGAUGGAAAACCGACACCCUUAUGCUUAGGAUGGACAGCUGACCAGCACCGAGAAGAAAAAGAGUCAGUGAAACUUUCCCUGGAAAUUUCUGGUGUGACAGAAAGUAGCAAGCGAUAUGAGCUUCCCAAGGUGCACACAGUCCGACGUCUCGCUUUGCCAAAACAAACUGUUGAAGUAGAAACGCUAGCACAGAAAUACAAGCACCUCGAUGGAUUGCCUAUUGCCGCGUAUCAGAAUGUUGCCCCAAGGAUACUGCUUGGAGUAGACAGCUGUCGUCUAAGUUACGCCUUGAACAGUCGGGAAGGAUCUGAUGGUGAACCAGUUGCUAGCCGAACGCGCCUUGGUUGGGUAGUAUAUGGUCCUUGCACAGGAGCAACCGAGGAGUCAAACAUCACAUAUUCAGCACAUCACAGCUAUCAUAUCUGCCCAUGCAGUGAGGAACAUGAUGCCGAGCUGCAUAAGUCGGUAAAAGACUACUUUGCAUUAGAGAAUAUAGGAGUUAAACGACCAGAAAAACCUAUGUUGUCAAAAGAAGACGAACGAGCGGUUCAACUACUGGAGUCACAAACGAAGUUCAAUGGGACCAGGUACGAAACCGGAUUAAUCUGGAGAUACGAAAACAUCAAGUUACCUCCGAGCAAGCAAAUGGCGAUGAAGAGAUUGGUGUGCUUGGAAAAGAAGUUGGGAAAGGAUCCAACAUUGUCCAAGGCUUUCAACGAGAAGCUGCGAGAGUACCAGGAAAAGGGAUACAUUAGAAAGAUGUUGCCAUCCGAGGUCGACGACAACCACCCUCGUUCGUGGUACCUACCAAUAUUUCCGGUCCAGAAUCCCAACAAACCCGGAAAACUUCGUAUAGUUUGGGAUGCAGCUGCAAGGGUUAACGGGUUAUCGCUAAAUUCGGUUCUGCUCAAGGGACCCGAUCUGCUAAAAUCAAUCGUAGCCGUACUCUGCAAAUUUAGAGAAUUCAAAAUAGCCGUGGCAGGUGACAUCGUCGAAAUGUUUCACCAAGUGCUGAUGAAUCCAGUGGACCAACAUUCGUUAAAGUUUCUUUGGAGAGGCUGUGAUGAGUCCAGGGAUCCAGAUGUAUAUACUAUGGUUGUUAUGAUCUUCGGUGCAUCGUGUUCUCCAUGCUGCGCGCAAUUCAUUAAAAACAUGAACGCGCAACGUUUUACAAGUCAAUUCCCACGAGCGGUGGAAGCGGUCGUUGAUGAGCAUUAUGUGGAUGACAUGCUGACCAGUGUUGAAUCAGAAACUGAAGCGCAAGAAUUGGUCAAGCAGGUAGAACACAUACACGGACAAGCAGGAUUUAAGAUUCACAACUGGUUGUCGAACUCCAGAAGUGUCUUGGAAGCUAUGGGAGCAGAAGGCAUGAGAGAGAAGAGUCUAAACACUACAGCCGAGCACGCGUCCGAUAAAGUGUUAGGGAUGUGGUGGUGUACCACCUCCGAUGAGCUGACGUUCAAGGUCUCUCCGCGAUACGACUCCGAUCUACUGUCGGGACGCUCUAUUCCUACAAAAAGGCAGGUACUUAGCACCCUAAUGACAAUUUACGACCCGCUCGGCCUGCUCGGAAACUUCCUGAUGUUUUUGAAGAUUUUACUUCAGGAAAUCUGGCGAUCCGGUGUGGCUUGGGAUGAGCCAAUAGGUCCUAAGCAAUUGGAGAAAUGGAAGCAGUGGCUAAAGGUUCUUCCUAGGAUCGAGUCAGUGCGAAUUCCCAGGUGCUACAGGACACAAACUACAGUUUCUGAAAGGAACAACAUCCAACUUCAUGUUUUCGUCGACGCUUCUGAAAACGGAUAUGCAGCUGUAGCGUACCUGCGUUUCGAAGAAGGUGGGACCAUAGAAUGUGCGCUAGUUGGAUCAAAAACCCGAGUUGCUCCAUUACGAUUCGUCUCGAUCCCACGUCUGGAAUUGCAGGCCGCAGUGAUAGGAGCUCGUCUUGCGAGCCAUAUACUAGACACACUUAAGUUGAAGCCGACCAGUAAGUUUUUCUGGUCCGACUCACGUGAUGUGAUUUGCUGGCUGAACUCGGACAAUCGCAAAUACAGCCAAUUCGUCGGCUGUCGGGUUGGAGAGAUAUUAGAGUUAACUGAAGCAUCAGAAUGGCGCUGGAUCUCCACGAAAACGAACGUCGCAGACGACGCCACAAAGUGGCAAAGUCUGCCGAACUUGUCUUCGAGAGGUCGGUGGUUCCGAGGACCUCCAUUUCUCUGGGAACCCCAAGACAGAUGGCCCGUCGUCCAAAGGUGUCCUGGCACUACCACCCUAGAACUGCGAGCUCAUGUUCAACACCACUCAAUACACGAGGUUGUAAUCAAUGUCAGCAAAUUUACUCAAUGGAAACGUUUGGUCCGGCACACUGCUUUCGUUAGACGGUUUCCAACGAACAUUCGUCGAAAGAUUGCAGGCCAAGAGCGAUUCACCGGUCCUUUAACCAAGGACGAGCUGAAGGAAGCUGAGAAUUAUCUGUACAGGAAAGCUCAAUCUGAAUGUUUUGCCGAAGAAAUCCGCAUAUUGCAAGAUUCUGAUCCAGAACAACCAUGGAAGAAUAAGCGAAAGCUUAUGAAGCACAGCUCUCUGUACAAACUCAGCCCAUUUAUCGACGAUGAUGCUAUAAUUCGAAUGGAUGGUCGUAUCGACGCGUGUGAACACGUGAGUAACGGAGUGAAACGACCAAUUUUGCUUCCAAAGCGUCAUCAUGUGACUGAAUUAAUACUGUUAGAUGUUCAUCAGCGAUACUUCCAUCAGAAUCAUCAAACCAUCCUCAACGAAGUUCGCCAAAUGUUUUACGUCCCAAGUCUUCGAUCCGUCUAUAGGAGUGUCCGGAGUCGGUGUCAGUUCUGUAAGGUACGGAAUGCGAUGCCCCAACAACCAAUGAUGGGAAAGCUGCCGUCUAUGCGCUUUAAGCCGUUCAUCAAACCCUUCUCGUAUGUAGGAAUCGACUAUUUCGGACCUCUAACAGUGAUGGUCGGCCGCCGGGUCGAAAAACGAUGGGGCGUACUGAUAACGUGCAUGACUAUCCGAGCAGUACACAUUGAGGUAGCUCAUUCACUGUCCACAGAAUCGUGUAUCAUCGCCAUCAGAAAUUUUGUCGCUCGACGAGGGAUGCCGCUAGAAAUAAUCAGCGACCGCGGGACCAACUUCGUCGGAGCUAGCCGCGAACUGAAAGAAACAUUACAGAAAAUGGAUCAGAAUAGGUUGAUAGAAAGUUUCGUAAGUGCCAACACAAAAUGGUCUUUCAACCCGCCCGCAACCCCACAUUUCGGAGGAUGUUGGGAAAGACUCAUACAGUCGGUAAAAAAGUGUCUAAACCUCAUAAAACCCAACCGUACCCCAACUGACGAGUUACUUCGCAAUUUGCUCACCGAAAUUGAAUUUGUUAUAAAUUCUAGACCGCUAACAGAACUACCAAUCGAAAACGACGAAGCCUCACCGCUAACCCCGAACCAUUUUCUAAUUGGGUCAUCCAAUGGUUCUAAGCCCCCGAUCGCGUUUAACGACAGUGCAGUUUCCGUCACAUACUCCAGAACGAUGUCGAUGAUAUGCGCAGAUCAAUUCUGGCGACGCUGGGUCGCUGAGUACCUCCCAACCUUGACCAAACGGACUAAGUGGUUUCAACCCGUUAAGCCGCUGGAAAUAGGAAACAUCGUGGUAGUAGUCGACGAAAAACUACCUAGGAAUUGCUGGCCGAAGGGACGCAUAAUUGGAGUUACUAGGUCCAAAGAUGGUCAAGUUCGUCGAGCAUCGGUACAAACAGCUGGUGGUAUCUUCGAAAGAUCGGCGGCUAACAUGGCAGUAAUCGAAGUCGGUUCAAUCGUUAGUAGUUCGGAUUAAAGAUCGCGACCUACUGGGGCGGAGUGUUGCGCACGCAACGAACCUCCUACAUUAAAAAUACCUAUCUUCAUUUAUGUUCACCCAGACUGAAGAGGUUUCAUAUAUACACUAGCAUAGGUACACUUCUGAUCGCAAACAUUUUUGACAACGUCAUGCAGAAUGUUUGUCAAAAGCCAUAGUGAAAUAGCAAGACGCACAUGCUAGCUUAAAAAUAGUUUAGCGUUGAUCCUAAAUUGAAUUCGACCGGAGUUAGACAAAUUAAUAUACUACGACAGUCAAUAGCACGACAUCCCACGUUGUGGACAUACAUCUAUUCUAAUUACGUUAAUACACGGAAAUACUAAACGUAAGUACGAGAUAUAAGACAAUUAUAUAAAAAAAAUAUCGCUAAAGAUGUAUUCCAAGCUAAUAUUAAUGCAAUUUAUGCAGGAAAUUUCUAACCCUACAGUAAUCAAUAAAGUGAGGUUAAAAAAUCGGAAACAAAUUCGUUGUAUAUG